AUGGGCGUCCUGCUGUGGCUGCUGCUAGCGCUCGUGGCGUUUGUCGCAACGCUCGCGAGCAGCGCCAGGCUCCGCAAGAACGCCUUUGUCUGGUUCUCCUACGUGACGAUCACAGGCUGGUACUACUGUCGCGUGCUGCACAAGGAAUACUGUGGCGACAGUAGCAAGGACGAGCCGUCGAGCAGCAGAGGCUCGAGCUCCAGGAGCCACUCGCCGUCGUCGAAGAGGGACGACGACCCGGACGUGGUCUAUUUUGAGAAGCGUGAGGUGGUCGAGCGGCGCCAGCUGCAGCUGCUGGAGCGCAGCGGCUCGAGCUCGAGCGUUGGGUCAGACAGCGUCAGUGUGGCCCCCAUGAAGCCCAAGCGAGGGCGGUUGUUCCGCAGCCGAAGGAAGGCUGCGGCAGAGGAGGCUAUGCGACGUGUGAGCGACAUGAAUGCAGCAGACCCGCUUAUGAACUCGAGCACGUCGGAGUCGAGUGCGUCGUUGACGCAGAGCGGCUCGAAUGUCACGCGAAGGACGUUUACUGGGCGAAAGAAGCCCAUGUCGUGGGCGGAUUGA